UUCCUUUUUUUUUGAAAAUUAUGUGAUAAUUAUGAGAACCAAUCCUACUACUUCGCGUCCCGGGAUUUCCACAAUUGAAGAAAAAAGCGUAGGGCGUAUUGAUCAAAUUAUUGGACCCGUGCUGGAUAUCACUUUUCCCCCGGGCAAGUUGCCUUAUAUUUAUAAUGCUUUGAUAGUCAAGAGUCGAGACACUGCCGAUAAGCAAAUUAAUGUGACUUGUGAGGUACAACAAUUAUUAGGAAAUAAUCGAGUUAGAGCUGUGGCUAUGAGUGCUACAGAGGGGUUGAUGAGAGGAAUGGAAGUGAUUGACACGGGAACUCCUCUCAGUGUUCCAGUCGGUGGAGCUACUCUCGGACGAAUUUUUAACGUUCUUGGGGAGCCUAUUGACAAUUUGGGUCCUGUGGAUACUAGUGCAACAUUUCCUAUUCAUAGAUCUGCGCCUGCCUUUAUCGAGUUAGAUACGAAAUUAUCUAUCUUUGAAACAGGUAUUAAGGUGGUCGAUCUUUUAGCUCCCUAUCGACGUGGAGGAAAAAUCGGACUGUUUGGGGGGGCAGGAGUAGGUAAAACAGUACUCAUCAUGGAAUUAAUCAAUAACAUUGCUAAAGCUCAUGGAGGCGUAUCCGUAUUUGGCGGAGUAGGGGAACGGACUCGUGAAGGAAAUGAUCUUUAUAUGGAAAUGAAGGAAUCCGGAGUAAUUAAUGAAAAAAAUAUUGAGGAAUCAAAGGUAGCUCUAGUCUAUGGCCAAAUGAAUGAACCGCCGGGAGCUCGUAUGAGAGUUGGUUUAACUGCCCUAACUAUGGCAGAAUAUUUCCGAGAUGUUAAUAAGCAAGACGUGCUUUUAUUCAUCGAUAAUAUCUUUCGUUUUGUUCAAGCAGGAUCGGAAGUAUCCGCCUUAUUAGGCAGAAUGCCCUCCGCAGUGGGUUAUCAACCUACCCUUAGUACAGAAAUGGGUUCUUUGCAAGAAAGAAUUACUUCUACCAAAAAGGGAUCUAUAACUUCGAUCCAAGCAGUUUAUGUACCUGCAGACGAUUUGACCGACCCUGCUCCUGCCACAACAUUUGCACAUUUGGACGCUACUACCGUACUUUCCAGAGGAUUAGCUUCCAAGGGUAUUUAUCCCGCAGUGGAUCCUUUAGAUUCAACCUCAACUAUGUUACAGCCUCGGAUUGUUGGCAACGAACAUUAUGAAACUGCGCAAAGAGUUAAGGAAACUUUACAACGUUACAAAGAACUUCAGGACAUUAUCGCAAUUCUUGGAUUGGAUGAAUUAUCGGAGGAGGAUCGUUUAACUGUAGCAAGAGCACGAAAAAUCGAGCGGUUCUUAUCACAACCGUUCUUUGUGGCAGAAGUUUUUACCGGUUCUCCAGGAAAGUAUGUUGGUCUUGCAGAAACAAUUAGGGGAUUUCAACUAAUCCUUUCCGGAGAAUUAGACGGCCUACCCGAACAGGCUUUUUAUUUAGUGGGGAACAUCGAUGAAGCUAGCACGAAAGCUAUAAACUUAGAAGAGGAGAGCAAAUUGAAGAAAUGAAAUUAAAUCUUUAUGUACUGACUCCUAAACGAAUUAUUUGGGAUUGUGAAGUGAAAGAAAUCAUUUUAUCUACUAAUAGUGGCCAAAUUGGUGUAUUACCAAACCACGCCCCCAUUAACACAGCUGUAGAUAUGGGUCCUUUGAGAAUACGCCUCCUGAACGACCAAUGGUUAACGGCGGUUCUGUGGAGUGGUUUUGCAAGAAUAGUUAAUAAUGAGAUCAUCAUUUUAGGAAAUGAUGCAGAACUGGGUAGUGACAUUGAUCCAGAAGAAGCUCAACAGGCACUUGAAAUAGCCGAAGCUAACUUGAGUAAAGCUGAAGGUACGAAAGAAUUGGUUGAAGCGAAGCUAGCUCUCAGACGAGCUAGGAUACGAGUCGAGGCUGUCAAUUGGAUUCCCCCAUCCAAUUGAAGACAAUCCAAAGAUUUCGUUGAUACAAAGAAAAAGGAAAGAAGGGUAGAAAAAGUUAUUAGAUAGCGAAGCGAAGUAAGUCCAAUGCUAUCUAGUAAUUUUUCUACCUACCUACCUACUAUUGGAUUUGAACCAAUGACUCCCGCCGUAUGAAAGCAAUACUCUAACCACUGAGUUAAGUAGGCAAUUUAUCACCACAAAAGAAGCCCCAUUACUUCGAUCGAUUAUAGAUUGAAUCCUUUUUAUAAGCAAUACCGCUCCGUUAUUGGUAUGUUUAUGUUAUAUAGUAAACGGAUCAAAGGGAUAUCCUCUGGCAUUAGAGAAUAUUCAUCUUGACAAGAAAUUAUCUAUAUGUUAAGAUAUCUCUGACAAGGGCUAUAGCUCAGUUCGGUAGAGCAACUCGUUUACACGUGCGCCAAUGCUUUUCAAGGGAACUUUUUAUGCAAUGAACAUAAUUGACCUUGUUGCAAAAUCAAUGUCUUACUUCAUGGAUUCGAAAGAAUAGAAGAACAGUAGCCUGACAAUGACAAACAGCUGGUUCAGUCCGAUUCAGGUGCCAAUUAAGGUGCUUACUCAAAUAGAACUCCUAUUGAUUUGCUAGUUGAUAAGGUAAAUAUCCAGCCCACUCAAUGCUAGGCGUAAUGAGGAUAAGGGCCUCCAAAAAACUUCUUUUCGUUCUAUGAACUUUAAGGUGUAUGAAGUCUCAUAGUAAACUCUUGCAGCGGAACGAUAGAGACUCCAUUUCACUUAGGUUGAUUUAAUUUAGGCCGGAGGCAGACCUAAGUCAAGGUAAUCCUCCUUUGAAACACUUUGGUAUUGUUCCUAGAUAGAUCAUAAGACAAAUAAUCAAUCAGAGCACAGGGAGCCAUCUUAUUAUCUUUCCCUAAAGAAAAACUAUGGCGAAUUAACUGAUCUUUACAUUAGUUGAUGAAAGAGCCCAAUGCAGAAAAAUGCAUGUUGGGUCUUUGAAACAGUUCGAAUCAUUUCGAUAAUAAUCUGUUUGAUCUGUUUUACCGAGAAGGUCUACGGUUCGAAUCCGUAUAGCCCUAAUAUAUACGUCUUUUUUCCAUUUUAGGAUGGAUAUCUUAUGUUUCCUUUAGUAUAGUUUUCUUUUCCUUAUUUAGUACUUGUUUAUAGACUCGACGGUCGAUUGCGCCAUAGAAUAGAGAUAAAAGCAUUACCAUAGGCUCAUUCAUCGAAACGCAAAUCAGAGAGACAGGAAAAGAAAAAAGAAUUUUGAUCAAAUCAAUAGAAGGAAGGAUCCCUUACCUGAUUUGAAUUUCAUCCUCCUUUAAAUAGGAUAUGCUCUAAGUCUUCCCAUACUUUCCUAUAAUGACUGCAACGAUUUUCUCCAUUUUGCGAAUUCCUAUUUUAUUUGAAGUAUAUUACUAUCAUAUACAUUAUCUAAAUCGAUCCACUUUAAAUAAAAUAGAAAAAAUCGAAAGAAAAAAAAAAAGAAAGAGUAAAUAAUAAAACAGGAUAUUCUGUUUCAUAAUUCUGAAAUAGAGUUCUUUUUUUUAGUAUUACUCCUCAUUAGGAUGUAUAUAUUAAUCAUCCUAUUUUAAUAUAUAUUAAUCAUCCUAUUUUAAUUAGGUUCUAAUCCAAUUAGUAGUAAGUAUUUUCUUUUUUAUUUAAUAGUCUCUGACUAUCAUUAAAUAAAGGGUAGAGCAAUUCUUUUUUCUAGAGAUUCUAGAGAAAGUGAGACAAAGUGAAGCGAAAGAGUUUUCUUUGUAUAAGAAUUAGGUCUAUAUCAUAUCUAAAUAGAAGGGAAAUCAAAAAGAAGGGAAGUGGGGAUUACAUUGGAUGAAUCCUUAAGGAAGACAUAUCACAAAAGAAAUAAAGGCUAAAGUAAGCGCUCCUUGCCUUUGGUUUGAGCAAAACAGAUUCUUGUUUCACCGAGGAAAAGAGAGAAGUUCUGGAUAAAUUGACAAUGUCAACUUGAAUUGACUAAUUCAGUUCCGCCUAUUCCACAUUAAUGGGAGUACAUUUAUGUUUCUGCUUCACGAAUAUGAUAUUUUUUGGACAUUUCUAAUAAUAGCAAGCCUUAUUCCUAUUUUGGUAUUUUGGAUUUCAGGACUUUUAGCCCCGGUUAGUGAAGGACCAGAGAAGCUUUCUAGUUAUGAAUCGGGUAUAGAACCCAUGGGGGGGGCUUGGUUACAAUUCCGAAUACGCUAUUACAUGUUUGCGCUAGUUUUUGUUGUUUUUGAUGUGGAAACAGUCUUUCUCUACCCUUGGGCAAUGAGUUUCGACGUAUUGGGUGUAUCCGUUUUUAUCGAAGCUUUCAUUUUUGUGCUUAUCCUAGUUGUUGGUUUAGUUUAUGCAUGGCGAAAAGGAGCCUUGGAAUGGUCUUAACUGAAUAUUCAGAAAAAAAAAAAAAAGAAGGAAAAGAUUCCAUUGAGACAAUUAUGAGUUUGAUUGAGUUUCCGUUACUCGACCAAACAAGUUCCAAUUCCGUUAUUUCAACUACACCAAACGAUCUUUCAAAUUGGUCAAGACUCUCAAGUUUAUGGCCCCUUCUAUAUGGUACCAGUUGUUGUUUCAUUGAAUUUGCUUCAUUAAUAGGCUCACGAUUCGACUUUGAUCGUUAUGGAUUGGUACCAAGAUCAAGUCCUAGACAAGCGGACCUAAUUUUAACAGCUGGUACGGUAACAAUGAAAAUGGCUCCAUCUUUAGUGCGAUUAUAUGAGCAAAUGCCUGAACCGAAAUACGUCAUUGCUAUGGGAGCCUGUACUAUUACAGGGGGCAUGUUCAGUACAGAUUCCUAUAGUACUGUUCGAGGAGUUGAUAAGUUAAUUCCUGUGGACGUCUACCUGCCGGGUUGCCCGCCUAAACCAGAGGCUGUUAUAGAUGCCCUAACAAAACUUCGUAAGAAGAUAGCGCGAGAAAUAAUUGAGGAUCGAACUCUAUGUCAAAGUCAAAAGAAAAAUAGAUCUUUUACUACCCGUCACAAACUUUAUGUUCGGCGCAGUACUCACACUGGAACUUACGAACAAGAAUUGCUCUAUCAAUCACCAUCUACUUUAGAUAUAUCUUCUGAAACUUUUUUCAAAUCCAAAAGUUCAGUAUCUUCCUACAAAUUAGUGAAUUAGGAGGGGUUCUUUUGUGCAGAAAAAGAAAGAAAAGAGCAGUACAAUCUUUCAAACUUGCAUUUGAAAUGUGAAAUAUUUAUACAAAGGGGGAGAGAUCAAGACAAUGCAGCAGGGUUGGUUAUCUAAUUGGCUAGUUAAACAUGACGUGGUUCAUAGGUCUUUGGGCUUCGAUCAUCGAGGAGUAGAGACUUUACAAAUAAAAGCGGGGGAUUGGGAUUCCAUUGCUGUCAUUUUAUAUGUAUAUGGUUACAAUUAUUUACGUUCCCAAUGUGCUUAUGACGUAGCACCCGGUGGAUCUUUAGCUAGCGUGUAUCAUCUUACGAGAAUACAGUAUGGUAUAGAUAACCCAGAAGAGGUAUGCAUAAAAGUCUUUGCCCAAAAGGAUAAUCCUAGAAUCCCGUCUGUUUUCUGGGUUUGGAGAAGUGCCGAUUUUCAAGAACGCGAAUCUUAUGAUAUGGUGGGAAUUUCUUAUGAUAAUCAUCCACGUCUUAAACGUAUCUUAAUGCCUGAAAGUUGGAUAGGCUGGCCCUUACGUAAGGACUAUAUAACCCCCAAUUUCUAUGAAAUACAAGAUGCUCAUUGAGUGAUAAUAAAUUCAUGUUCACUUAUACAACACAAUUCCAGAUUUUAUUCAAGUCAAGGAAUAUUUUGACGUUCUGUUCCUAGACGAAACGAAAUACUUAGAAUAUAAUAUUCUAAUUAAUUCCUAUUAUACAAAAAGGUCCAGAUAGACUGAACAAAAAGGGCUUCAUUUCUAUUUUCCAAUUUGGAAAAUCACAUAUUUGUUUCCUUCGUAUGAACAGAAAAAUACAAUGACUCAAAGAAGUUCCUACCACGAACUUUGUACCGCGCAUAUUACUUAGAACAACUGGGAAAGUAGGAUAAGCAAGAAUAAAAAAAAAUAUAUUCUUCGGAAUAGCGGUAUACAAAAUUAAUAAGAAAUGCAAAAUGAAGAAAAGGGCACCUAAUCUCACCUCUUUCUAUACCAUAAAGAACCAGAGAUUUAAACCCUUUUUUUAAAAGAAAAAGAAGUGUUUAGAGAUUUAUCUACUUACUCUAGAGAUUUAUCUACUUACUCUAGACUAAAGACUAAGUAGAUUUUUAAUAAAUAUUUACCCCAAUCCAUCUCAAAAUAUUUGUAUCAAUAUCUAUUCAGUAGAUCCUUUUUUUCUGUGCCAGGAACCAGAUUUGAACUGGUGACACGAGGAUUUUCAGUCCUCUGCUCUACCAACUGAGCUAUCCUGACCCUUUCUUGUGCAUCAUCUUAGUAAAGUAUUUGCAUCUAUGUCAAUUAAAGGGACUAAAAAAUCAAUAAAGUAUUCCAUUCAAAAUUAGGAAAUGGGGAGGGGUAGUCCUAUGCAUUGUGGAUGGCUUACUUAAUAAUACUUAAAAAAAACGAAUUAAUAAUCGAGAUUCCUUGCCGAUACUCUACUCUAAUAAAUAAAAAAGAAAUAAAAAAGAAAUCAUCUAUUUAAUGAAUAGCAUAAGAUUCAUUGAGUUCUUGUCGCACUCCUUUGUGAAAGAGUAGAAUGAGAAAGCUAGUGAAUCUUAAACCC